AUUCGCACAUAUUUGAUUUUGGUUGUUGUAAGAUAGGACGAAAGGAUUGUAAUACACAAUGUCGAUAGACGGAACCUUCCUUCUUUUAAUCUGGACGAAUUCGUUUAUAGGUUUCUCAAAUGCUGCCGUGCCCGUUUUCUCCAACCUUGAUAAUACCCAUACCAUAGCGGACACUUUCUCCGUCACAACGAGCAUAUACGCCCUGACGGCUACAGACGCGGACGGUGAUGCCCUUACCUACUCGAUGACCGUGUCGUCAGCUUACUUUGACCUCAGCGGACAAGAUGUAAGAGCCACCGGGGCUGUUCCGGCAGAUGCUUAUGCCUUGACGUUCCGGGUAAUCGAUACGUCAGGAGGGAUAGCUACCGGGACUCUCACCGUCACGGUGACAAACUCCGCGCCGACGUUGACAAACACUGUGUGGACAGCGUCUGCAGCCGAGUCUGAAACAGAUGAAACCCAGCUGUUUCUCAUAGAAUAUACGGACGCUUCGGCCGCUGAUUACGUCGACUGUGUUGUCCAGUCAUCCACACCAAUUUCCAGCGACUUUUUCGUCCGCUACGACUCUGUGAACAGUAAGUACGCGGUAUACGCCCAGCAGAAUCCAACCCUUACGGCAGCAUCUUAUUCAUUGGUUAUUGUCUGCACUGACCUCAGCUCAGCGUCCGACACCGGGACACUCAUCGUUACCGUCGUGCAGAACGCGGCUCCAGUCUUUCAAAAUCCUGGAGGUACGGUAACCAUCGCCAGCUCGUCCACGUCGAUCGGGACCACAGUACACACCGUGACCGCUACAGACACCGAUAGCCAACAGCUCUUCUAUAACAUGACCACCAAUCCGGGUGGGGCGCCAUUCCAAAUACAACACUCGGGCGAUAUACUCUUGACCCAGUCCAUACUCGGCCUGACCAUCGCCACUUACACCUUACACGUCUUCGUUUAUGAUGGUUACAAUCUGGUGGGACCGGACACCGUCACUAUUUCAGUCUCGGGCAUCAACAACGCCCCCACAAUCGACAACUUGCCAGGUACAGCGAGCGUUGCCGAGAACACGGCGGCGGCGACGUCAAUUUUCCAGGUCUCCACCACGGAACCGGACGCUGGACAAACGUUAACUUACACCGCGUUCAGCACCCCCGGAUCAGUAAUGUCUUACCUCAGCUUGAAUAGCGCCACUGGCCUCCUGUCAACGUCAUCAACCAAUAUAAAUUUUGAGACGGUGGGGGUGACGACUGUGACUGUGUCUGUUAUCGUGAGCGACGGGACGGCGACAGUAACGUCCGACCUCGCUCUGACCAUUACCGACGUCAACGAGGCGCCGUCGUUUCAGAAGAGUCAGUACACUUCGAGCGGCAGCGAAGGACUGGCUGGUUCGAGCUUUAGUAAUCCCAACUUUGUGAUAAAUGACGAGGAUACGUCAGAUUCUCUCACAACGAGUAUUGAUUGCGCAUCCACAUUUACAAUGAAUCCUACCUCUGGCGCCUUGACCCUCACUGCGCCCUAUGACGUCGAUACCGGAAGUGGAACAACAGUCACGUGCACAGUCACAGUGACGGAUUCACUGCUAACCGAUACAUCAACGUUAACAGUUACUAUCAAUAAUAUAAAUGACAAUACACCAACGUUUAAUCCGUCAGUGUACACCUGGUAUACAGACAGCACCAGCACAAUUGGUACUUCAGUCGGUACUGUCACAGCUACAGAUGGUGACAUUGGAGAUUUCGGGACCAUUUCUUACUCGCUGGAUAACUCGGCUGACGCUGCCUAUUUAGGGGUUACUAACCAGGGCGUAGUGUACGUCAAAAGCAGUAUUGAAUCUCUUGGCACUGGUGGAAGUACAUUGGCGUUCAUUGUCACGGCAACCGACACUGGCAGUCUAGCUGGGAACGCGGCUGUGCAGAUCAUCAUCCCCGCUACUACUACCACAUCCACAACAACCACGACAGAUCGCCACAUGUCAUUUGACGAAAGCGCAAGUAAUGUGGCAUGGCUUACAACGUUUUGUGGAGUGGGCUUGCUACUGGCCGGUUUACUGGUGUUUAUGGCAUACAAAAAUGGUUUCUUCACCUGGAUUGUAGAUGCCUUAGACAGAAUGUGCGAGCUCUGCAGACGGAAGAAGAGCUGGGACCUCCCCGAAGAGGAAGAGUAUGAGGAGGAGAGUGAAGAGGAAGAGGAGGAAUAUGCCUACACUCCACCACCACGUCAACAGCAAGUGGCAACUAUAGGGGAAUACGGCUGGAAUCCAUGGAAACAGGACAAUGCCUAUUAGUACGAAGACGAUCACCUAAAAGAGUUGUUAAAUGGACGUGCUUUCUAUUUGUUAUGCAUUGCUACAACAAACCUACGCUAAACAUUCUUAAUGAACGAUGUGACGGGAAGGAAACGAAAUAUUUCCUUCGACAUUUUGUGUGUUGUUUUUCUCAGAAGGUACUCUUAUGUUUUGUUUUUUUAUCUUCUCAAUUUCAUCCAUAUGAGAACCGUUAUAGAGAUUUUAUUGAAGGUCAUUUUUUUUAUUAUUUUUUUUCAUUCCUUAUUUCUUAUACAUAUCAUUUUUCGUGUUUGCUCAUGUUCAAUGUUAAAAUAAUCUAAAGAACAUUUCUUCUCUUCAGCAAUGUUUUCUCGUGGUAAAGUUUAAAUUGAGGAAAUAUUCAAGAAACUGAAUGCAGGUCGGGUUAUAUUUAAAUACAUCUUUUAUCAACUGCUCACCAUUCUUUCAUAUAAUACAAUUUAGCAACAACGUUUUACCUCCGUCCGAACAAAUGAAAUGUAUUUAACUUGGAUCACAGAGGUUUAAAACCGCAACCGUUCAGCGUUUUGUUUAUCUACUUGGUUUAGAUAAAUGAGUAUGACGUCAUCAAUCUAUGGUUGCAACAUCACGCAUAAAUGACUCAUAGAACAUUUCCCUACCUUGAUGGUGUGACAGAGAAAUAUCCAAUAGAAAGCUGUUGUUUUUUGAUUGUCUAAUCCGAGGCUCUGCCGAUGGUUAGACAACAACAAAAAAUCACCCCGAGGUUUGGAGAUUUCUCUGUUACACCCUCAAGGUAGGGGAUGAUUAUUAUUUUCUCAUCCUAUUGUUUCAGUCACAGCGCCACCGACAGUAGUAUGCCAUGUUUGUAAACAAAAAUACAUGUGGGGUAUGCAUAUCGUCAUUCCCUUUUGAUGACGUCACAAUUACCGAUGACGCAUUUAAUGACGUCACAAUUGAACACGUGUUAAUCGGCACGAGGCUAUCUGUUUGUGAUUGUUAGAAAUGUGUGACAUAAUAGUCGUUGACUU